AUGAACGGCCACAUCGACGACAGUCCUCCCAGGUAUGGGCGAAGAUUGCCCCUUCGUAUCAUCGAAGAGCGAGCCCAGAAAGAGCCAGAGCGUGAAUGGCUGUCGAUCCCGCGUUCCGCAGAGCCUGCCGAUGGAUGGCAAAAGAUCACCUAUCGGCAGGCAUCUAGGGCCAUUGAUCGCUGCGAGCACCUCAUCGUCGAGGCCGCAGGAAGGGGUGUCCCCGGAGAGUUUCCGACCAUUGCUUACCUCGGUCUUAAUGACUCCCGAUACCUCGCGUUUAUGUUUGGCGCCGUGAAGGCUGGUUACAAGGCACGUCUCUUUCGUACAUCGUUUCCCCCAUUCAAAGCCACUGACUGCCAUGUUGUGGCUUCCUCGGCCGAGUUUGAACCGGCUGUCCAAUCGUGGGCUCAACAACGGGCAAUGAAGGUUUUUGUCUUGCCAGAAGAGAAAGAGCUGCUGUUGAAUGAGUCGGUCGACGUACCUCACACCCCUUACGAAAAGGACUUUGCGCAGGCGCAGUGGGAACCGUUGGUGGUUCUCCACACCAGCGGUUCUUCCGGCUUCCCCAAGCCCAUUGUGCUCAGAAAUGGUCUCAUGGCCGUUGCAGACGGAUUUCGGACCUUACCUACUAAGUAUGGGACUUUGCCGUGGGUCGCCGAGAUGGCGAAACGAGCGAAUAGACUGCUGGUUCCGAUGCCAUUCUUCCAUAUCUCUGGCCUCUUUGUCUCGUGCUUCUUCAGCACAUUUUACGAGCAUGUCUCACUGGGUAUAGGUUCCAGGCCGAUCUCUACAGAUUUGAUGUACCAGUGCAUCAAGCACUCCGGCGUCGAUGCUGUGUUUCUGCCACCCUCGAUUGUAGAUGACAUGUCUUCAGUUCCGGAGUAUCUCGAGGCUUUCAAGGAACUCAAGUUUGUUGCAUGGGGUGGAGGUUCAUUAACGCCACAGGGCGGAGCACGUCUGGUAGAAAACAAGGUCCAGCUGUGCAAUCUCACGUCUUCCACCGAGGCUGGACCCUCCCCAUUCUACUUCCAGGCCAAUACUGCGCUCUGGCAAUACUUCAUCUUCGACAACCCCUUUGGUGGCAACGAGUUCCGGAAGCUGGACGGCGAUGAAGAAAUCUACCGGCACGUCUACGUGCGACAAAACAAGGAGCCCGGCCUACAAGGAAUAUUCUGGACGUUCGAGGACCAGGACGAAUUCGACACCCAGGAUUUGUACCGGCCACAUCCUGAACUUCCAGACCAUUGGAUUUACUAUGGGCGAGCCGACAGCAUCAUCGUGUUUUCCAACGGCGAAAAGCUCAAUCCCACGUCGAUGGAGGCGCAUAUUCUGUCGCAUCCGCAAAUAAAGGGCACGCUGGUGGUUGGAACGAACCGCCUGGAGCCGGCCCUCAUUAUCGAGCCUGUGAACCCCCCACAAGACGAGGCCGAAGAGCAUGCCUUGAUACAAAGCGUCUGGCCGCUCAUCCAAGAGGCCAACCGAGAUACGGUUGCCCACGGCCGCAUCCAGCAAGACAUGGUCAUGUUGGCCCACCCUGACAAGCCAUUUCCCCGUGCCGGAAAGGGCACCAUCCAGAGGCCGAUGGCGGUUGCAUUGUACCAGGAGGAGAUAGAUCGACUCUACGAGACUGUCGCUCACAGACAGGAAGGCGACGCCCCGGAACUAGAUAUCAGCUCGGAAGACUUGCUGCUGAAAUCCACGGAGCAACUGUUCACCACAAGGUUCGAUCUCCCAAAACUAAGUCCCGAGACAGAUUUCUUCACGGCCGGAAUGGACUCCCUGCAAGUCAUUACGGCAUGCCGCUUGCUCUCUGCUGGCUUGAAAGCUGCAGGUGCAGAUCUCGAGGGCUUCCUGCCGCCUCGCGUCAUCUACUCCAAUCCCAACUACAGCCGCCUCGCGGCCUACCUCUUCAAGCUGGUGCAGUCGACGGAACCCAAUGCCGACGGCGACGCAGCCGCGCAGGAACAGGAGAUGCGGGACAUGGUGGAGAAAUACACCCAGAACCUGCCCCCGGCCGAGACCAUCAGGUCCAAGUCCGGGCCCAGGAGCGAGGGCCAGACGGUCCUCCUGACCGGCAGCACCGGCGCCCUGGGCUCGUACCUCCUGCACUCGCUCGUCUCGAACCCCAGCGUCAGCAAGGUCAUCUGCCUCAACCGCUCCGCCGACGGCCGCCAGCGGCAGGCGGCGGCGUGCUCGGAGCGGGGACUCACCGCCGACUUCGCCAAGUGCGAGUUCCUGCGCGCGGACCUGUCCCUCCCCGUCCUCGGCCUCGAGGAGCACGUCUACGCCCGCAUCGUCGCCGACGGCAUCGACCGCGUCAUCCACAACGCCUGGCCCGUCAACUUCAACAUCGCCCUGUCGUCUUUCGAGCCGCACAUCCGCGGCGUGCGGCACCUCGUGGACCUGAGCGCCCGGUCGCCGCGCCGGGCGCCCGUCGUCUUCAUCUCGAGCAUCAGCACCGUCGACGCCUGGACGCACGUCAAGGACGGGCUCGUGCCCGAGGUGCCGAUCCCCGAGUGCGGCCUCGCGGCCAUGGGCUACGGCCAGUCCAAGCACGUCUCCAGCCUGAUCCUGGACGAGGCGGCGCGGGUCUCUGGCGUGCCGACGGCCAGCAUCCGCGUCGGGCAGAUCGCGGGGCCCCGGGCCGCGGCGGGCGCGUGGAACCGGCAGGAGUGGCUCCCGACCAUCGUGGCCUCGUCGCUGUAUCUGGGCGUCUUGCCGCGGGACCUGGGACGCCUGUCCACCGUGGACUGGGUCCCCAUCGAGGAUGUCGCUGGCCUCGUGCUGGAUAUUGCCCUGCAGGGCACGACGGAGUCUAUCGAUGGCUACUUCCACUGCGGCAACCCCUCCCUGACGACGUGGGACAAAUUGGCAGAUGCCGUGAAAGAGGCAUAUGGGGCGCGAAUCGCGAAUCUAGUCACCUUUGAGGAGUGGGUGAGCAUGCUGCGGGAGAGCGCGGCUGGGACGAAGGACGCCAACAAGAACCCUGGAGUCAAGUUGCUGGACAUGUACGAGGCGCAGCAGAAGGCCACUGAGGAUAAGGUGAAGCAGGUGCUGCUGGACAUGGAGAGGACCAAGAGACACAGCGAGACAGCAAGGGGUCUGCAGGCUAUUACACCGGAACUUAUGAAGAAUUGGUGCCGGCAAUGGGGGUUCUAG